UUGCACAAGGAAGGGAGGUCAUGUCGUUGUUUCUGCUGGCAGCUGUCCCGAGACAGACGUCGGGGCAUGAGGGUCCUUGAGGAAGAACAUGGAGCCUCUACAAGCCUGGGGGCCGCCCCCCUGGAGCCUGGCGCCCAUGGCUGACGCCCUGAGUCUCGCCUUGGUCCUCGUUUUCCUGGGAUGCCCCCGCUGCGCCCUGGCGAUGACCUUGUGCAAACAGGACGAGUACCCGGUGGGAGGCUCCUGUUGCCCCAAGUGCAGCCCAGGUUACCGGGUGAAGCAGGCCUGCGAGGAACACAGGGUCACCCUGUGCGUGCCCUGCACCGCGGGGACCUACACUGCCCACCUCAAUGGCCUCCAGGAGUGUCUGCAGUGUCGCGUCUGUGACCGAGACAUGGGCCAGGUGACCAGGAAGGAGUGCUCCAGAACGGCGGACACCGUGUGCGGCUGCGCCCACGGCCACUUCUGCGUGUCGCACGACGGGGAUGAGUGUGCUGUGUGCAGUCCCCACAGUGUCUGCCGGCCAGGCCAGAGGGUGCGGGGCGCAGGCUCCGAGCAGCAGGACACGGUGUGUGAGGACUGCCCGCCCGGCACCUUCUCUCCCAACGGGACCCUGGCGGACUGUCUGCCUUGGACCCAGUGCAGCGGCCUGUUUGAGAAGCAGGCAAAGCCUGGGACCAACAGCAGAGAUGUCACCUGCUCCUCCUGGCCACUUUGGCUGCUCAUGUCGAUCGCUGUCGUCUGUGUGCUAGUCAUGUGCGUGGUCCUCAUGUGGCGGUAUGGAGGACCUGCCCAAACCAGAUGGUUUCCUCAGGACAAAGGACAGCAGGCAGAAGGGGACCCCCAAGCUCUCCUAACCUUGGUGGCCCCCCAGGUCCCGCCAGACGUCACCACGGUGGCCGUGGAGGAGACGGACACGUCCCCUAAGAGAGACCAAACAGCUGAUAAAUGACCUCAAGGUGCAGUCAUCUCAGACAUUCCCAAGGGCCUGCGGAGGCUGCUGGCUCUGGAGGACCAAGCGUGGGCUCCGUGGAGCCUCUGGGACCCACUCCCGGGAGGCUGAGCCUGCACCACGCAGAGGAAAACACCCCUCGGGGGCUUUUCGGGGACCGUGCUUGCUUUUCCAUCAAACUCAUGAGGGCCAUGAGCCGUCCCCUCGCCGAUGUACCGAGAGGACGCGCCCACAGUACAUUCUUGGAGCCCCACACCCGACCCCAGCCCCGGGAGCCUCAGCUGCUCAGCUGCAGGGUAGCGCGUGGG